AUGGCUUCGGGAAGAAUUUGUUUAUGGCUUUUAUUUAUGAUUAUUGCACAAGUAGUCGGAUACGAUACACAAUCAAUGAUGAUGUCUCUAGUGGUUGAUACCAAGUUUCAAUGUGCCAAUACAACUUGUUUACCAUUCACUAGCGUUAUUACGACAGACAUUAGGAAUUGUCAGUUAGCAUGUUUAGGUGAAAGUCAAUGCACAGCAGCUACUUUUCAUCGAUCAACUUCUAAUUGUGAAUUAUUUGAUAAUAUGUUGAACCAACAUGGAAAUAUGUUGGGUGAUGUCGAUGCUAUCAGUAUGCAUGUUAUUAGUGGAACACGAUUUCCAUCGGUAUGUUCUCUAUCUUCUCAAUCAUCGUGGUCACAAAAUGCAACUACUAUAUUUGGCAGCCAAGCAGGUACAUCUGGCUCUACCCUUUCACUUCUUUCUAGUCCAAUUGGAAUGUAUUAUGACGGUUCUAAUAAUAUGUUAUUUGUUGCGGAUAAUGGAAAUCAACGUAUUCUACAAUUUUCUAUCAACAACUCACCGUCAGUUGCAACAGUAAUUGCUGAAGGCAAUGGCAUUGAUUGCAACAUGAGCCAGCUUUAUAGACCUAAUGGAAUAGAUUUUGAUAGUUCUGGUCGAUUGUAUGUAGCAGAUUUUGGCUGCGGUCAGGUCCUUAGAUUUCCUUCAAAUUCAAAUUCAACGACAUCUGGAACACUUCUCGGGGUUGUAGCGCAAGCAGUACUAAUAUCCAUAAAUCAAUUGACUAAUGAUACCUAUGUAGCUAGCACUAAUGACAAUGCGGUAUACAAAGGAAGUGGUUCAUUUUCCAUGGGCUAUACCCCCCCGCGAGAUA